AUGGAGCUUUUCUGGAUUUUGUUAUUUUCUAUCGUCCAACCUUAUGCGCAGGGCCAAGGAGUUUACGCUCCUGCCAACGCCCAGAUCAUACACUCGGGCGCAGCGUGCAAUGUGAAGGAUGACAACAUCAGCGAGAGGAUCUACACCAUCAAGGAAGGAGACACUCUGGUGCUCCAGUGCAUCGUCAAGGGACAUCCUCGGCCCCCAGUGCGGUGGACCAAGACAGCGGGCAGCGCGUCAGACAAGUUCAUGGAGACGUCCAUCUACAACGAGACGCUGCGCAUCGAGCGCAUUCUGCGGGUGCAGGGGGGUCGCUACUACUGCAAGGCUGACAAUGGGGUGGGGGUGGCUGCCAUCAAGUCCAUCCGCGUAGAUGUGCAGUACCUGGACACGCCAGUGCUGACGGUGCACCAGACCAUCAGCGACGUGCGAGGCAGCUACUACCAGGAGAAGACCGUCUUCCUGCGCUGCACCGUCAACUCCAACCCCCCGGCGCGCUUCAUCUGGAAACGAGGGAACACGCCCAUCGAGCAGAGCAAGGACAACGGAGUGGACAUCUACGAGCCUCUGUACACACAGGGUGAGACCAAGGUGCUGAAGCUGAAGAACCUGAGGCUCAAGGAUUUCGCCAACUACACCUGCCAGGUGUCCGUCCGCAACGUGUGCAACAUCGAGGACAAGUCCGUCACCUUCCGCCUCACCAAUGGAACCACCGCCCCGGCCCUGCGGCUGUCCGUCAACGAGACCCUGGUGGUGGACCCCGGGCGCGACGUCACCAUGAACUGCGAGGUGAUAUCGGGCUUCCCCCGGCCCACCGUCACCUGGUCCCGCUACCCGGGCGCCCUGCCGCUCAGCGCCCAGGUGCGGGGCAGCGCCCUGGUGCUGCGCGCCGUCACCCCCGCCGACGCCGGCUUCUACAACUGCACGGCGGUCAACAACGUGGGGAACCCCGCCCGCCGCAACGUCAACCUGGUGGUCCGCUCGAUGAGCAACCUGACCUUCCAGAUCACGCCCGACUCCAACAAGGACAGCGAGAGCAUCCAGAUGGGUCGCGACCUCAAGCUGUCCUGCCACGUGGACGCCACCCCUCAGGACAAGGUCAACUACACCUGGUACAAGAACGGCGCCGCCGUCUUCAACACGGAGACCCUGAUCCUGCUGCGCAGCGACCCGGACAUGGCGCCCGGCACCAGCAGCCUGGAGAUCGUGGACAUGAAGUUCCGCGACCUGGCCACCUACAGCUGCGUGGCCAGCUUCCCCGGGAGCAGGGUGCAGGAGCUCCGCGUGGACGUCAACGUCACCCAGAGCAGCGUCAUCCCCCCGGUGCUGGUGGUGCCCCCUGGGGGCCAGGUGGUCAGCGCCAGGGAGGGGGGCAGCGCGGAGUUGGUGUGCCUGGUGGCGGACGGCAAGCCCCGGCCCCCCAUCCUCUGGUCCCGGGUGGACAAGGACCAGCUGAUGCCGUCGGGGCAGGCGGUGGUGGAGACGCGGGACGGCCGGCUGCGGCUCGCCAACAUCAGCCGCGACAUGAUGGGGCCGUACCGCUGCCAGACGGCGCCCUACAACGGCCUGAACAUCAAGCGCCGCGAGGCGCAGGUGCAGCUCAACGUGCAGUACCCUCCCAUGCUGGACCCCGUGUUCCAGGACGUCCGCUCCAGGAACUACCAGUUUGUGACGCUGCGCUGCGGGGUGCUGCGCUCCAGCCCCCCGAGGCUCACCAACGUGCGAUGGUACCGCAACGGGGAGCUGGUCCGCAUGCCGCCGCUGGACCCCAAGGACGUGCCGGAGUACAAGUUCAAGCUGGAGCCCAGCAACAACGGCUCGUACGAGUGCCGCGUCAGCAACGCCGCCGGCACCUCGGCCUGCACCUUCGACGUCUCGGCGAGGCCGUAUGAUGCUGAGUUCUACUUCGACACGCCAAACCCCAUCCGCAUCCUGAAAGGGAACAACUACUCCUUCAACCUGCAGUGGACUCAGAGGGACCCGGAGGCCACCGACCGCAUCAUAGGCUACUGGAUCAACGUCCGCAAGAACAAGCAGAACCUGCUCUCCAAGCAGAUCGACCUGAAGGGCGUCGAGCCCGUGAAGGGGGUCCUGCAGUCCUACGCCAUCGCCGACCUGCGGAUCCCCCUCUCCUACGAGGUCCGCCUGGCCCCCAUCACGACCUACAGCAUUGGAGACUACGUCAGCCGCACCAUACAGUACUCUGAACCCUACACAUACCCAAGAUCAUCAGACCACGUGUGCGGCUUUGAGGAUGAACGGAUAUGUGGAUUCUCUCAGGACAGGACAGACAUGUUUGAUUGGACGAGACAAAACCGCCUGACCCAGAAUCCUAAGCGAUCGCCCAACACUGGCCCAGAGACGGACCGCAGUGGAACCAAAGAGGGUUACUACAUGUACAUCGAAGCAUCGCGGCCCCGGGCCCCCGGAGACAAGGCGCGGCUCCUGUCCCCUCUGUUUAACGUGACGUCGGUGAAGGGGCCCAAGGGCUCUGGAAGGGUCCCCUACUGUGUGUCCUUCUAUUACCACAUGAAGGGCAAACACAUUGGAACCCUCAAUGUGCUGCUGAGAGUGAGGAGCAUAGCGUACGUGGACUCGGUAGCCUGGUCCAAGUCUAGCCACCAGGGACCAGACUGGAAGAAGGCCCUGUUUGACAUCAGCCCCAGCGGACCCUUCCAGAUAAUGUUUGAGGGAAUCCGGGACGUGGGCUAUGAAGGGGACAUCGCCAUCGAUGACGUGUCCAUCACCAAAGGAAAGUGCAAGCAAGACAAUUCUGUGGCCAACUCAGUUCUGAUUGGGGGUUCCGCUAAACUGCACCCGCAACUAUUGGGCAGCUGGACGACCUUUGCUCUCCUCUGCUUCCUGCACUACAGAUGAUGAGUAAUGGUCGAUCAACUGACAGACUGUCUCGAGUGGCGCUCUUAUCCUU